UCGAAAAACUAAAAGAUUGAAAAAUUGAAAAGUCAAAGACCUGAAAAAUUGAACUGAUGACGAUGAACAUCCGUGUUUUAAUAAGAUGACGGAGGCGGUGAAGAAGAUCGUCAAAGUUGACACCACGACGAGCGUACCAAGUGACUGUCUGACUUGGAUCAAGGAGGAGGCGCAGCGUAAAGGGUACUACACGUACCAGGGGUCGUUAAACACGGAGCCGUACACCGAGAGCGUCACGUGGAUUCUUUACACCACGCCGAUACACGUGUCCAGGCAGCAGGUUUCAGAAUUCCGAAAUAUGAAAUCAACAGCUUGCGAGCAACACAACAUCGUGAAAAACGUACGACCAAUCCAGACACCUCCAGUCCAUAAAAAACUUGAUAUCAUCUACGCCAGAUCGCACCGAAAAUCCAGCGAAUAAAAUUUCGCUACUUAUCUAUAUUUACAAUAAAACACAAGUUUUUAUUUAUUUAUUACAGCUGUAAAAAAUA